AUGCAACCCGCUAUCAUCGCAUCUCUUCUAGCCUCGCCUUUGCUUGUGCUGGCGCAAUUCCCACCACCAGUUCAGUACUCCAAUAUUCUCAAGUCGCCCAUCAACGAGAAUAUCACCAUUGCAUACAAAACUCCGCCUGCUGGCACAUGUACCACGGCGUUCAGCACCCAGAAACAGUUUACUGGUUAUAUUGGCCUUCCUCCUUUCACGCUGCAACCGAUACAACAGAACUACUCGAUCAACACCUUCUUCUGGUUCACCGAGGCACGGCAAAAUCCAGAGACGGCUCCGCUGACAAUCUGGAUCAAUGGAGGACCUGGAAGCAGUAGUCUGAUCGGCAUGUUUGCUGAGAACGGCCCUUGCGAGGUCGUCCAAAUGGCAGAUGGCUCUUAUGGCACUCAGUCACGUAUGUGGGGCUGGGACAGGAGCUCGAACAUUCUUUUCAUCGAUCAACCAACUCAGGUCGGACUUUCUUACGACACUCUCACCAACUUGACUUACGGUCUCUUCGACAACACCUUUUCCCCAUUGGCAAACACCACCGGUGACGGUGAGGGGAGUGAGCCUGCUUAUGCAUUCAUGAAUGGGACUUUCAGCUCUGGUAAUCCAAUGUCGACGAGCAAUACCACCGACAUCUCAGCCAGAGCUGCUUGGCAUUUCCUUCAAAGCUUCUUGUCUGCAUUCCCACAGUACAACCCUGGUGUUCGCCCAAACAGCUCUCAAAUCUCAACCACUGGUGUCAACCUCUUUGCUGAGAGUUAUGGUGGUACAUAUGGUCCAACCUUUGCAAAUUACUUCGAGGAGCAGAAUGCAAAACGCGAAAAUGGCACCUUGCCUAAAAACUCUACCUUGGAGAUCAAACUUACAUCAUUGGGCAUCGUCAAUGGAUUGAUCGAUUCACUAAUUCAGGACUACUAUUACGCCACUUUCGCCUACAACAACACGUUCGGCAUUCAGGCAAUCUCGCAGACAGACGAACUCAAUCUGAUCCAGCAGUACAACAAUGAGUGUAGCAAGCAGACUAACCUUUGUCGUACAAUCGCCAAUCAGACCGACCCUGAGGGCGAAGGCGACAGUCAGCAGGCCAAUAUGGCAUGCCAAGCAGCCACAUACUAUUGCAAUAGCCUGAUGUUCCCAUUCAGUCGAAGCAAUCUCAGCGUCUACGAUAUUCGUGUUCAAACUCCCUCGCCAGAUCCAUCGAAUGCCUAUCUGGAAUAUCUCAAUACGGCAUCAGUGCAGCAAGCCAUUGGAGCCCGUGUCAACUAUACAACUAGCAGCAAUGCUGUCAUGGGUGCUUUUGUCAGAACAGGAGACUCGAUCCGCGGUGGUCAGAUCCAAGAGAUUGCCAACCUUCUCCGAUCUGGAGUGCGAGUGUCUCUGAUGUAUGGCGAUGCUGAUUACAUUUGCAACUGGAAAGGCGGCGAGGCUGCAUCUUUCGCUGUCGCAGCUGCCCUCUCAGACUUCCCUGCAAACGGAUCAGCACCUUCAUAUCUCUCUGGCUGGAACAGUGCAGGCUAUGCGGAUAUUGUUGUCAACACGAGUUAUGUCGGAGGUGCCGUACGCCAGUUUGGUAACUUCUCGUUCAGCCGAAUCUAUGAUGCGGGCCACAUGGUUCCAUUCUACCAACCGGAGACGGCCUUCACCGUCUUCACUCGUGUCAUCGAUGGCACCGAUCUUAGUACCGGAGAGCCGAUUGAUCUUUCGACUUUCCAGUCAUCUGGACCGAUGAAUUCGACGCACACGAACUCGCCACUAGCGAAGCAGCCAGCACCGACUUGUUGGAUCCGAGCAGUGCAGGACACUUGCUCGGCUGAGCAGAUCAGUGAGAUGAGAGAAGGCAAGGGCAUUGUAGAGGCAGGGGUAUGGUAUUCGAACUCGAAACAGUACAGCGCGCCCAGCAGUACUGUUGCAGCUGGAAAGCCUGGCGCACCAGCCAGUCAGUCUUCGACAAGCUCGCAGUCGACCAGCAGUGGUAGCAGUGGCACAAGUACUGUCGCGCUGACAGGAGUGUUCACGGCAACUGCAACGCCCAGUCCUUCCAAGGGAACGGCUUCUGGUACAACGAAAGGCACGAACAAGUGGAUUCAGAGUCUGCUUGGGUUGUGUGCCUUGUUGGUGAUCAUGUAA